GCCUCCUCCUCUGCCUCUCCUCCUCCACCACCGCCGGCAGGGUUAAAAGGAAGAAGCAGACCUCUCGACGUCCCUCGCCGCCUGCUGCCGCCACAAUUCUCAUUCACUUUUCCUGCCUCCGCGUCCGUCUGAAACUUUGGAUGGGGGGGAAAGAGAGAUAAGGAGGUCAGCGGUGGGCUUCCAACCUGACGGGAGUGGAGCGAGGUCACUGUCACAUGACAAAGACUUGGAGACAGCUUCAUUUUCCUCUGCCUGUAAUUUCCAUUUGCCUUCCUGGGGUAGUGAACUAUAAUGUUUGGAAGAAGGAGACUGAAGGUGAAAGGAUGCUACAGUAGAAGAGAGGAUAAUGAUUGUGAUCCCAAAUCCAUAUACCUUGAGCAGUGCCACAUUUGUGUGCAGGGAGCUUCUGGGAAGGAGGUCACAGUAAUGAAAGGCAGCAGUAGGAAUAAAGAUCAUUCAACAGACGGAGAGGGGACUGGAAAACGACCAAAGAGAAAGUGUCUUCAGUGGCAUCCACUACUUUCAAAGAAAAUACUCGACUUCUCUGAAGAGGAGGAGGAGGAAGAGGACGAAGAAGAUAUUGAUAAGGUCCAUCUUCUCAGUGCUGAUGGUCUUGAGCAUGAUGCUGAUGAAACAGAAGAUGAAGAAUCUUCAGAACAGCGAGCUCGCAGGCCUAUGAAUGCAUUCCUUCUGUUCUGCAAACGCCACCGCUCUCUUGUGCGGCAAAAACACCCUCGUCUGGACAAUCGUGGUGCUACAAAGAUACUGGCGGAUUGGUGGUCUCUUCUAGACCCUAAAGAAAAGCAGAAAUACACCGACAUGGCCAAGGAGUACAAGGAUGCAUUCAUGAAAGCAAACCCUGGCUACAAGUGGUGCCCGCCUACAAGCAAACCUGUGAAAACCCAGUCCUCUACAGUAACUAACCGGAAAAAGCUGUGGGCUUUCCCAUCAGAAUCUGCAAAAGAUUUGCCAAGUCCAAAAAAGUUGCUGAAGACAGAAGAAAUGCCUCAACUGAAUUUUGCAAUGGCAGAUCCAACACAAAUGGGGGGCCUCAGUAUGCUGCUGUUAGCAGGAGAACAUGCCUUGACUGCACAAGAAGUUUCCUCAAGCACAUGCCAUUCCGAUGCAUCCAACUCCACAGAAGGAUGUCUCAAGUCACCAUUGUUUCAAUUUGCUGAGAUUUCUGCCAGCCCAUCACAACCAGAUGCCCCUGCAGAUUCAAAAGAAAGUGAUGCAUCAGCACUAUUUCAGUUUUCAGAGCUGGGAAGUCCUGAACCUGUGAAGCAUUGUAAGAAGUCAGCCCUCUUUCAGUUAGCUGAGAUUUCAUCAAGCACAUCCCAUUCAGGUCCUUCUGAAUUAACAAAGCAGUGUGGGACAUCAGCAUUGUUUCAGUUGGCAGAGAUGUGCCUUGCAUCAGAAGAGGUAAAAGUGAUGGAGCAUGGGAAGGCAAAACUAGAAGCAUCCAGGAUUAUCAAAGCCUUAGAAGUACCAGAGAAGAUAAAAGUUGAAGAACUGGAGAAUGUGAAAGUUAAAACUGAAAAAUCUCAGAAAAUGAGGGGCCAGGUACAUGAAAAGACAAAGACUGGGAAGUUGGAGAUGACAAGAUGCAGCCACAUUGCAGCUCCUGCACUGGACAGCACAACAUUAGUUGGAUCUGACAGCACUACUGUAAAAGAUCUUGCCUGCCAUUCCCAAGAGCUGACAAUGGCUGAUAUCAGCACCUUAGGAUUAAGAAAGCCAGAAAAGCUAAAGAAGAAGAAGAAGAAAAAUAAGCUGGACCGGCAAGCACUUGAAAAAUGUACUCCUAAGAAGGCUUGCAAAAAGAGGCAGUCUUCUGAAUCAGACAUUGAGAGUGUCAUUUAUACUAUUGAAGCAGUUGCAAAAGGGGACUGGGGAGCAGAGAGACUCUUAGAAGUGCCCCGUAAGAAAGUCCGCCCUUCUUCAAUGGUGAAAGGAAACAUGAUAGAUGCAAAGCCACCAAAGAAAAAAGUGAAGUCAAAAGAAAAAAGAGCACUAAAACAAAAAUGUGUGGAGACCACCAAAGAAUCAAAGCCUCCUGAUUUUCUUAGCAUUACAGAGAACAAGGAGCUACCAUGUGAGGUCCCAGAAGAUAUCAAAUCAGAACCGCUAACCCCAAUAGAGGAUGUAAUACCACAGAGUUUACCAGAGCAAGUCAAAAUUGAAGACAGUGACUGCAACAAAAAAGCAGAGAUUUGUGGCUCAAGAAAAUCUGAGAGAGCCUGCAAGGGUGCUCUGUAUAAAACACUGGUUUCAGAGGGCAUGCUUACCUCCCUGCGUGCUAAUGUUGACAGAGGGAAACGAAGCUCAGGAAAAGGUGGCAACUCUGAUCAUGAAGGCUGCUGGAAUGAAGAAAAUUGGGCAUUUUCCCCAGGUGGGACAAGUGGGAACAAAAAGCUUAAAAAACCUAAGCCAAAGGAAGAAAUAGUUUUGGGCUUAGCGAAGCUGGAAGAAGAAUUUGAGAAGAAAUUCAAUAGCCUUCCUCAAUAUAGUCCUGUCACAUUUGACCGGAAAAGUGUAUCUGUACCAAGAAAAAAGAAGAAGGUUGGUAGCUGCUCAGCAGAUCAGCCAAAAUCCAACAAAGAGUCUGCAGCAACACAAGAACCUUUGGUUGGCAGCCAGAAGAGAAAAGCAAGGAAAACCAAGAUCACACAUCUGGUCCGGACUGCAGAUGGCCGGGUCUCACCAGCAGGAGGAGUUGUGGAAGAGAAACCAAAGGAACAACUGAAGAGUACUCUUCAGAACGCAUCAAGUACUGAGAUGGACUGCAGUGAGGAAUCUUUACAAAAUGCUGAGUCAAUGGAAGGUCAUAGUAUUACACCAGGCAUGCCAUCUGUAUCUGCAUUCUUUAGCCUAGCUGCUCUGGCGGAGGUAGCAGCGAUGGAAAAUGUGCACAGGAAUCAGAGGACAGCGCCUCUCCCAUGUGAUGGACAGCCAAAAGAAAUGUCUCAGGCUCCAGUGCUUAUUUCCUGCGCUGACCAGUGACGCUCUACCCUAUUGUAAAACUUUGUGCUUUACCUAAUAUCCUAGCCUUGUCUUUACCAAUGGAUGCUAGUCAGUCCAUGUGAUGGAGGAACCCAUAGACUGAAAAUGAGUGGUUCGUGUUCAUUGUGGCACAGAUUUCACUUAUAGUUUGGGCAAGGUCCUCUCCAGUUUGGGGCCCAGAAUCUACUAUAAGGGUGAUGUUAUUUCUCUGUUAAGGAACAGAAAUGAAAAGAUCCUGGAGCUUUGCUUUCUGUUGAAGGUUUUUAAAGUGGUAAAUGCAUAGUUACAUGGAAGAGCCAGACUUUACUGUAGCUCACACAGCAUCUGCUCUGUCAACCAGAGUAUGGAAAGUAGUUUCGUAUAAUAACUAGCUACUCUAAACAAAAAUACAGAAGAGGAGUUGGGGGAAAGAUACUGACGCACUGCACUAGUUACUAGAUAUUCUUAGUCUUUUUUGUACAUGAAGAUUUAAGUUCUAAGAUGGUUUAUAUAAUAGGUUAUGCCUACAUUUAUAUUUUAGAGUGAAUUUAAGAACUCGUUUGGAGAAUCCAAGAAAGCAUGGGCAGGUGUACCAUUGUUAGUGGUGUGUGUGGCCUUUUGGCCCAGACGUUCUGCACUUUUUUGUAUUUGCCACCAGGGUGGUAGAGUUUAUUGGCAAAAUAUGUUGACAGGCUUUAUUUUGCUUGGUUUUUUAAAAAAAAUAUUAAAGGUAGAAUAAUGAGAAUGAUUUGCAUUUAAAGCAAAGAUCUGGCAUAUUGAGAAGAACAAUACUACAGAUAACUGAUUUGUCUUUCAAACCUUGGAAGUUCAUUUAUUUUUGGAUAGAAGUCUAAAAUGCCUAUGUGGAAACUAAAGCAGUAAAACGGGGAGAAAAUACUAUUAAUAUGUUGUUCAGAAGUGACCUUAGUAUUACUUCACACUUUCAAAAAAAGUUUUCAAUUGACAUGCACACUGAUGUACAUAUUUUACAUUUUACAGACACUGGAAUUGUCAUAAAUGCUAUGCACAGUCUAAAUUGGCUUCAUCUGUUGUAUGAAGUGCCAGUGCUAGGUUGGGCUGGAAGAGUGCUGAGGGUUGCCUAAGUAAGUGAUGGCUGAGAAGUAAUGUUGCAGAAUUUAGGCUGUCAAACCAUUUUCCAGUUCAUUUUCUUUGUCUUUCUUCUGUAUUGUUUCUUACUCCCAUGCACACAUCUCAUGCCAGAGCAGAGUCCAGCUUUUUAACAUUAACCUGCUUCUUCACCAUGUCCUUAUGCCGAUAGGCUAUCAUCCAUCAAAGCAUGCAUGGAGCAGUCAUGGGCUGCAUAUGCACCAGCCCCUCCAAAAAGUUAAGAAGCCUUUGAUCUGCUGCUUGAUCAUGAGCAGCUGUUCAGCAGGAAUUUAGCUUUUGGGGAAAUGCUUCAGGCACGUAGCCACAGCUGUUGGAUCAGGGAGUGGAACUGCGCACACAACAUGUGUUUGUGCAAAUGCUUCCUCCUCUGGCUAGGGAGGCACAACCAUGUAGCCUCACAACCAUGUAGCCCCUGGCUGGAUCGGGGCAACGUUGUUCCUAUCGGCAAAAGAUUAAUUCUUACUAGAAUUUGACAUGAAGCUACACAGUCAAUACAGGGUACUUCUUCCACAGCACAAGAUGUUUCCCUACAUAUUUUGCAUCAUAGCACAAAGACUUAACCAAAUGCUAUUGACCAGACCCCAGCAAUAAUUUUCUAUGAGUAGUCUUGUCUCUGGUGGAAUUUUGUGAUAGUGUUCAGUUCAGUGAGACCCCUUUUUUACUGACUAGGUCUCUGUAUAUGAGAGUUUACACAACUUUAUCAGGCAUUAUUAAUUUAUACUUGACAGAAUUGAUAAAAGGAUUGUGUUUUGGGGGGUUGUUUUUGCUUUUUGCUUUUGUUUUGUUUUGGUAAUUGGAUUUAAUAGCCAUAUGAAAAGUGACUCUUAAAACUUGCUUGGCUUAGCCUUUAAUUGUUGUAAUCAAAACAUGUCUUUCAGUGUCUGUGUCAGAAACAACUUCACCCAGAUCACACGCAUUGUAAUAAUUGACGGUAAAUAAAAGGAAAGUGUCACUUCAUCCCAUAUAAAAAUCAGAGACUCCCUUAAAGAUAUAAAUGAAAGUUACAAAUGUUGAAUAAGUGGAAGAAGGAAAAACACAACUUCAACUGGAAAGUUAAAAUGCUGUUUAGAAAAUUCAGGUAGAAGACUCUUCCACAUGCCACUAGAGCAUGUGAUGCUAUUUUAAUAGUUCAAUUUUGUUAACAUUUUCUAAAUUAUUUUAACAAAACUAAAUGCUGCCAACAUGCCAUAUUGUCGGGCAUCUACUGUGGUAGCUUGGGGAGUGUAAGGCUAUGUACUAGCUAUGGUUCAAAAUCAUAAGUAGCUGAAAUCCAAAUAUCUUAUGGUGCAGCCUCUUCAUCUUGACAGUGGUACUAACAUACAAAUUCUAUUGAACCCAUUAGAAUAGAUGCUGUUUUGCUGGAGUACCACAUUCUUCUGCCAUUUCAAAUUUCAAUAUUGUUCCUAAAAUAUUUCUUUAUAUGAAUGGUACCUUUAUAAAAGAUGCAUAAAAUUAGCUUUUUUCUAUGUCAAUUAAUACCUUGAUUAUCUUUCUUUCCUAAACCUUGUUGACUAUCCCUUAGACAAGGGAAUGGACUGGGUCAAUUUACUGAAUAUGAGUGUUUUCUGAUGCUUAUAAACCUUUCUGUAGAUAUGCUUAAUUUUUAAGCGAUUAGGCACUGAGAGUAGCAGAAAUCCUGCAAAGCUUUAUAGAUCAUUAGGAGCAUAAUCCAUUUGAAGUGCUCCUGCACAAGCCUCACUGGAAUUUGCAGUACUGUGAUUUUUACACAGCUCACAUUCAUUUUAGGUGAUUUCUGCAGGAGAAUCUCCAGAUGAAUUGUGCUCCAUGGCUCGCUCGAUCUUUCUUUCUUUCUUUCUUUCUUUCUUUCUUUCUUUCUUUCUUUCUCCCUUUCUUUCUCCCUUUCUUUUCCUUGGUUCUCUAAAUGAUGUCUCAGUAGAGAGAUUUGCUGAAUUUGUUAGAAUGGGUAUCCCUAAUUUCACGUAGAAAGAUUUGUUAGCAUAAUAGAAAAAAACCAAUCCAACAAUGUACUGUUUAAUUGCUUAUUUUUUAAUUUCCAUUAUUUAAAAAAUUGGAUUUCUGUGGUAUGUAUUUUCGUAUACCAGCAAUGUCAUCUAUCACCUUAUAUCUAUGAAUUCAUUUAGAGACAGAAAUGUUGCACCUUAAUUAUUUCAAACAAACCAAAAUACUAUGUUCACUGCUUUGGUGUUUAUUCUAAUAUUGUUGUAUUAUAGUUUACCAAACCCAUUCUAACUUAGCAAAAGCUAUUGGUAUUUAUACAUUUUACAAUAUUCUCUAGAUUUGAACCUGUGUACGUCUUUCUUUUUUACACAAAUUUAAACAUGAUAAACAAAUUAUUCAUACUUUCCUCGAUGGUUUCUUAAUGAAAGUGAGGAUAUGUUUUUCAAGUGUAAAAUCUAGCACUGUCCCAUUUUCUUUUUGUUUAUUUAUUUAGUGAUCUUUGAUAUUUCAUAUAGUUUUGAGGUAUACACAUAUUAGCUGAUACUGCAAGCAUAGAAUCAGCUGGGAGAAGGAUACUGUAAUGUCAUUUUCCUGUAAUUGUGUUAGUACUGUAUUAGAGGGAAGGGUGGGAGGGGAUUUCUGCAAGUAUUUAACAUGUACAUUUGAAUUUGAUUCUCCUGUUAGGGUGUUUUUCCAGAUACAAGACCAAAACUGAUGUAAAAUCUUGUGGAGCUUAUAUCAUGCUGUUGUGCUUAUGACAGUAUUUUUCCCUGGAUUGUACUGUAAUUCCAGAAAUAGGAUAUAUUUAUUUAAGAAGAUAUAGUGUGCUUUUUUACUAAUACAAUAUCCCAAAGUUAUGAGCAAAGGAGUUUUUUCUCUGUUUCACUGUACAGCUUUCAACUCAGUCCAUGGCUUUCAGAACUGACUUAAAAUGUUGUGGAUGUGGGAGAGGCGGCAGGAGGUACUAAUCUCCAAGUUCUACCUUUCUACUUAGCAGUGUAUGUCACUAUUUUCCUAAAUAGCAUCAGUAGCAAUAAUGUAGCUGCUUGUCACUUGAUAGUUGCUGGCUCCAUAUAUUCUUUUGCAAAUCCACAAGUGUUCAUUUUGCUGCAACAAAGGGAACACAAAUGAGAGCUAUCCAUCUACCAUUUUUAAAAAAUGCAUAUCUACCAUUUAAAAAGAUACCCCUACCUUAAUGUUUUAAGUUUCAGCCAAUCUUAUUUUUAAAAAUUUCACAUUUAAAUUAUUACCUUCCCUCUGUACAAAUAUUGAGAAGAGGGGGAGAUCUUACAGGCAUGCUCACCACCCACAGAAGGAAGAGUAAAGAGAGAACAUGAAUUUGAACGCCUAUGUACAGAAAGACUAGAGAUGAAUGCAGCGAAGGACAUGUGCUUUAUACUGCAUUUCCAGGUCUCUAGGUGGUGUCCAGAGCUUCAUAUGCAACAAUUUCUGGGAGUGAGGGGAGCCCACGUGCAUGUGUACCAUAAUCAUUCCGCAUACAAACUCCUCACUGUAGAUUUGGGGGCACUGCGGGAUGAGGAUAUAUUACAUAGCAGUAUUGUCUGAUGUAAUCAAGUGUGCGGUGACUACAUUUGAAACAGCCUGUUUUCUGAAUGAAGUUUUCUUAAUCAGUCCUUCCAUUGAAAAUUUAACUCUUUCAGUAUCAUGACCAUCUUAGUGACUUUUUUCAGGCAUUCAUUGGGGCCUGGGAGGGAGGGAAUGCCAAUUGAAUCUACGCUUGGAAUGUAGCAUUAGAAUAAAGCAAGAGUGUUCCACUUCAGUUAAUGCAAAUAUAAGUUUUAUGCUGAAGGAAAUGACUAGGGAAUUGGGUUGAUCAAAAAGAAGAAGACUUGCCACAUGCUUUCAGCGUGGCAAGAGAGUAUUUCUUAUUUUCAGAAGGAUCAAAAUGUGGGAAAGAUACUGAUUGUUGGGGUUGCCUUGUAUUAUUAUGUAUUUAUGCCUCUCUGCUGCACUCUGUUCUACAACUAAUUUUUAAUAAUGCUACCUCUAUUAAAGGCUACUGUAGUUAACUUCCAUUUGUUUUCAAGAUUCCUCAUGCAGUCUUUCCAAGUCAGUGGGUAUCUAUUUCAGAUCUCACUGUUUUAUUUUCUAACAACCGCAGUGUUGUAGAAGGAACAGUGUGAAUCUCAAAGCAGCUAUCCAUAUACUCAUACCAUUGCUAUCUAAUGAGUGUAGCGUUGAUAGGAUUUUUGUGAGGCAUGAAUCAUUUUCCCUCUAUAAGUUGGUGGUUGCUUUUAAAAUGCUGCAAUCUGAUGAACAUAUGUGUGCACACGUGUGUGCGCGCACACCCAGAAACCCUGCACAGCUAUUUCCUUUCCAGUAAGAAGAGAAAUGCUCUACUGAUGCAGAAAGGCAUUGAUCCCUGUACUGGGUACUUUUUUCUCAUCAAGGAUACAGCAGAGGCAGAAUGCCACACACAGCUAGACUCUCUUCUGUUAUGCUUUGGGCUCUGUCCAGAGCAUAUCAGAUGAUUACCACAGGAAAUAAUUGUUACUUGCUCCUUUUUCUACCGUGAGCUAUACUUGCAGCACACAGUACAAAAAAGAUGCACUAAAAGAUGCUCUUUGUUUUCUGUUUUGUGGGGGGUUGCUAAAUUGCAGACUCUUAAAAUAAUCUGUCAUACUUGGACAUUUUUUUCUUUGUACAAAGCAGCAUCUGCAAAUACCAAAACAUAAGACAUUUCAUUAAGAAGGCAGCUGCAAACUAUGGCAAUGAGUAGUUUAUGCUUCUCAGUUGUGCCCAAAUCUCAAAUAUGCUCUAACAUAAUUGUUUGCAGAGUAUCCACACUGUAUUUUUUCCCAACUGCUUUGCUUCUAAAUCUUUCAGGCAACCAUUCAGACAGCAAUGCUUCAAUUCAGUAAUGUUAAGUGAUAAAUUGUAAAGUAGUAUACAAAUGCUUUGCCUGUGCUCUCCUGAAUAAAGAUGAAUAAGAACCUUAGUACACACUGGAUUGUUAAACAUGGACUAAUGGUCUUCACCCUCAUCCUGUUGUUCCAAAGAUUUAUUUUCAGUGAUACUUAAAUUACCUUUGGCAAUCAAAUAACCAUCAUCCACUUGCAUGGGGCAGAGAGGGAAGUACAAUUUAUUUCUGAAUCAAUAAGUUAUUUGGAAUAUCAUGAUUUCUAAGUAGAGACUCUGAACUGGUUCCAACACUGUCAUUGUGCUGAUGGAAACACUUCUAUCAGCAGAACCAGGAAGGGGCUGAACCCCCAAUCACCUUGGAAGCCUCCAAACUCUUUCUGGAGCCCCUCCAGAGCAGAUGUGAGGGAAAUGUGGAGAACUGUAGGGGGUGUGGAGGAAAAGUGUCUCAUCACACUUCCAUUAGUACAAUCUCGGAUUUAACACUGUCCUUUUAAACCAGCAUAUAUGGAGAAACUGUUCAUGCUUUAAUCACUUAUAUCCUGCUUUUCUCCAUUAAAGGUGGACCCAAAAUUUCUGACAUUUUAAUUUUUUUAGGUUGUAAAUCUAGACUUUAUGUUGAUAGGCAAUAAUCCACCUGGGAGUUUGCUUGCAGUGCCCAUCUUGAAAUGGGUACAGUUGUCUUCUUGUGCAAUACUUACUGUGCUCCAUUAAGUUUGUGCAGGGGACAUUACCUGGAUUGUGUGUCGAAGACUUAAUUUUAAUUUUAGAUAAUCCUAAGUUCUAUGAUCUUUGCUCAUACAGUCUGACAGUAUUUGCCAUGUACCUAAGUCUUUUGUCUUACUGGUUUGCAGGUAAUCACACUUGAUUCUGAUCUCAAACUUGUUUUAUUUUUUCUUAAAACAUUGGUGUUAAACAUGUUUUUCAUUUUCCCUUAUCUAGUUCAACAGAGUUACUGCAUUCUUAGCUUCAUAUAGUGCAGUUAAUAACCACAAUAAAGUUCUUACACACUUUAUAUCUAGCUUGAUAUGCAGCUAUAGUAGAAGUACACAUGUUAAGUCAUGUGUAUUCCAUACUGGAAAAAUGUGAUUCUGCUUCUGAAAAAAAUGUUUAAUAAAAUAUAUGGUUUUUUAAAAAGA